AUGGCGUCUCCCAGUGGGAAGGGAUCUUGGACACCCGAGGCGCCUGGUUUUGGGCCGCGGGCGCUAGCACGGGACCUGGUGGACUCGGUGGACGACGCCGAGGGGCUUUACGUGGCUGUUGAGCGGUGUCCUCUCUGCAACACCACUCGCCGGCGGUUGACUUGCGCCAAGUGCGUCCAGAGCGGUGAUUUCGUCUAUUUCGACGGCCGCGACCGGGAGAGGUUUAUUGACAAGAAGGAAAGACUAAACCAACUUAAGAACAAGCAAGAAGAAUUUCAGAAAGAAGUACUAAAAGCUAUGGAAGGAAAGAGGCUAACAGAUCAGUUGAGAUGGAAAAUAAUGUCAUGCAAGAUGAGGAUUGAACAGCUGAAGCAAACAAUAUGUAAAGGAAAUGAGGAAAUGAAGAAAAAUUCUGAAGGCCUCCUCAAGAACAAGGAAAAGAACCAGAAGCUUUACAGCCGAGCACAGCGGCACCAAGAGAAAAAGGAGAAGAUUCAGCGGCACAACCGCAAGCUUGGAGACCUGGUGGAGAAGAAAACCAUUGACUUGAAGAAUCACUAUGAGCGGUUGGCACAUCUUCGAAGAUUGCAUAUCCUAGAGCUCACCUCCAUCAUCUUCCCAAUCGACGAAGUGAAGACUUCUGGGAGAGACCCUGCAGACGUGUCUUCAGAGACUGAUAGCGCCAUGACCUCCAGCAUGGUGAGCAAGCUUGCUGAGGCCCGGAGGACAACUUACCUCUCUGGAAGAUGGGUCUGUGAUGACCACAAUGGUGACACCAGCAUUAGUAUCACAGGCCCUUGGAUUAGCCUACCAAACAACGGGGACUACUCUGCUUACUAUAAUUGGGUAGAAGAGAAGAAAACAGCCCAAGGACCUGACAUGGAGCAUAACAACCCUGCCUACACUAUCAGCGCUGCGCUGGGCUACGCCACACAGCUGGUCAACAUUGUGUCUCACAUACUGGACAUCAAUCUUCCUAAAAAGCUGUGCAAUAGUGAGUUCUGUGGAGAAAACCUCAGCAAACAGAAGCUGACCCGCGCAGUGAGGAAACUGAAUGCAAACAUCCUUUACCUUUGUUCUUCUCAGCAUGUUAAUUUAGAUCAGUUGCAACCACUGCACACACUCAGGAACCUCAUGCAUCUGGUGAGCCCACACUCUGAGCACCUAGGCAGGUCAGGACCCUUUGAAGUGCGAGCAGACCUCGAGGAGUCCAUGGAAUUUGUGGACCCUGGAGUUGCUGGAGAAUCAGAUGUGAGUGGAGAUGAGCGUGUAAGCGAUGAGGAGACUGACCUGGGCACAGACUGGGAGAACCUGCCGAGCCCCCGGUUCUGUGACAUCCCUUCCCAGCCUGUGGAAGUAUCCCAGAGCCAGAGCACCCAGGUGUCCCCGCCCAUAGCCAGCAGCAGCGCUGGUGGGAUGAUCUCCUCUGCUGCAGCCUCGGUGACCUCUUGGUUCAAAGCUUACACUGGACACCGCUAACGAGUGGGGAUCAAAAAUGCUGGUUUUGUGUCUCGGAAUCUUUCCCACAGCACUCUCAUAACCUUGUCUGUGUAGUUGUGACAGUGCUUGGAAGCUGUCCGAAGGACAAGAUUAGUACUAGGGCCUGAGCCUGGGGCUUCCUGGGCCCUGGUCCUCAGGAUGCUUGUUCCUAGGUGCCGAGUCUUCCUGACACUUAAGUUCUAGGCUUUGGUCAGAUCACAAGGAAGCAUUUCUUGCUGUUGAAGAAUGAAAGACAAAGGCUGAGUUUGUUUUUCUGUCAUCCUCUUGAGAGACCGGCCAGCAGGCCAGCAGCAGUUUUGGCCUCAUCGGGGAGAGGUGGUUGUCUGGGGAGGGAGGAAAUGAAAGCUUAUUGCUGUCAGUCAUUGUGUGUCACAUUCCUAAUUUCCUACUACACACCAAAGAAACUGAGGUCUUUAUUUCUGUGGACCCAUGUCUGCAAAUGGGGGAAUCAGCUGGGAUGUUCAGAUGUCUAAACAGUUCUCUUGUAUUCUGAAGGGAGAUAAAGUCAUUGGAGUUCUCUGUGCUACAUUCACUUUAAAACGGGACUUUCCCCUUCCUUUAUCAUUCCCUGGAUGAGCUAAACGCUACCUGAGCAUUGAUUGAACACUUGAUUAAGUGGUCACUUGCUUGCUGUCCGGUUUCUUCCUUGGUGUUGGUGGUAGGGUUAACUAGUAGCAGAUGUUUCCAGGGAACUCUUCCUGCUUGUCCCUGGGGUCUCCAAGGCUCUGAAGACAGCACCUUGUGCAGAGCGUGAUACCGAGCAGCUGUCCCAGGAAAUACUCAGCUACCAAGGGGUUUCCCCAAGAGGCCAUUCUAAUGACAAUCUUAUAGAGAGCUAUAUUAAGAGAGGCAUUAUGUUCAACUCGGAAGUAGUUCGUUUUUAUUUUUAGUAUCUUCAAAAAGGAAGUUGUAUGUAACAGACUUCAGCAGUCCUGUGAGAAAGCAGCCCCCGCCUCCCCCCCCAGACCUUGUCACUAUAUCUUCCUGUUGUGACUGGUGUGAUGGUACUUUAGCCAGGUCCUUCAGCAGUCUGCCACACCCUAGCUUCUGUUCACUCAUAUUAUGGUUGGUACUUUGCCUUCAAAUUGAGGUGCUAUGGAGCUUUUGCUAUUGGUAGAAUUGUAGAAGGGACUUCAUCCUACCCAGGACCCCCAUGUUCCCUAGCUCUAGAUAUUCCAGCUGUGGAGGAGGCGGCUAGAGUCUGUUAUGUGCUCAGCUCUGCAGCUGCUGGGCUUGUGUUUUGCCACCUAUUUCUAGAACUUACAGACUGAGUGUACUGGAAGGAACAAACCGUCUGAGAACGAAACCACGAGCCUGGGAGGGAGCUACAGAACAUGCAGAGGUCACCAGCUCACGCCUUCAGCAGUUUAACUGCACAUGCAGGAUGCACAGGGCCGGAAGGGGGCUGUGUUUUAUUUAGUAUCAACUAGAGGCACUUUGGUCACUUUGCAUCACAGUAAAUGAUCCAGCACGGACUGCCUAGGCUGCUCAAGUGCUUGGGGUUUUAUUAUUUUGCACUGGACCCACCUGUUGUAAAUAGUCUUAAAUACACAUUUCAACCACUGUUUGGUUUUCCAUACUCUUUGCUGCUCAUUAAAACCUUUUGUGUAGGUGCCAGAACCAUACACAAACAGCUUUCUGAAAAAAAAGAAAAUGAAGCUGAUAUUUUUUUAAACCAAAAGCCAUAGAAGUUGAUCAUGUUUUCCAUUUUAAAAUGAUUUAUUGGAACAAAGUAAUACUAAUAGACACUCAGAGGCACCACACAGGCUGCUUUACAUGGUCUUACAUAGAAACAAGAAAUGUGACUUACCAUGGUAUGGGGGUCAGCAUUGGUCGGGGUUCAGGUGUGCAUUGGGAAAGAGCUGCAAUGGCAGAACCCCCUUGCUGCGACUGAAACUUCUAAGUCAGGUUGAUCAUACAGAUGUUUUCUAAACUUUUGUUGUAUUACUGCAAUAAAUCCUUUAACAGUA